UUAAAAGCUGCUAAUCUUGUGCAGAGAGUGCUCACUUCCACUGAAGACGUCUGAAAGGUGGCUGAGGAGGUGAGACCGAGAAGAGACACAAAGAGGUCCUGAUAACUUCAUCAAUGGUGGAGGAGUCAAGACCAUCAUGGGAAAACCCCAUGCAGUUUGUGCUGGCAUGUGUGUCCUAUGCAGUGGGACUGGGCAAUGUCUGGCGCUUUCCUUAUCUGUGCCAGAUGCAUGGUGGAGGUGGAUUUUUAAUUCCCUAUCUGAUUAUGUUGGUGGUUGAAGGAUUACCUUUGUUUUACCUUGAACUGGCCAUUGGACAACGUAUGCGCCAGGGGAGCAUUGGAGCAUGGAGCGCCAUUAACCCUUACAUGGGGGGAGUGGGUAUAGCAAGUGUGGUCGUGUCCAUCUUUCUUGCUGUCUACUACAAUGUAAUUAACGCCUGGGCGUUUUGGUACCUUUUUCAUUCAUUUCAGGGUACCCUGCCCUGGGCAGAGUGUCCUCUCAGCAGUAACUUCACCACCUACAUUCCAGAGUGCGAGAAGAGCUCUUCUACCGAUUACUUCUGGUACAGGGAGACCUUAAACAUCAGCUCCUCCAUCGAGGAUCACGGGGGCAUUCAGAUGGGGCAGGCCCUGUGCUUGGUCCUGUCCUGGAUGGUGGUGUAUCUCUGUGUGCUAAGAGGAACCGAAUCCACUGGAAAGGUGGUGUAUUUCACAGCAACAUUUCCAUACUUGGUAAUGAUCAUCUAUUUGAUCAGAGGAGUUACUCUGCAUGGUGCUCUGAAUGGAUUGAAGUACAUGUUCACACCCAAGCUUUCUGAUCUUGCAGACCCUAAAGCCUGGAUCGACGCAGCCACUCAGAUCCUGUUCUCUCUGGGUCUCGGGUGCGGGAGUCUCAUAGCCUUCGCCAGCUACAACCACCACAACAACAACUUUGAGAAGCAAGCUAUUGUGGUGUCACUGAUCAACAGCGCAACUUCCAUAUUCGCCAGCCUGGUCACCUUCUCUAUCUAUGGAUUUAAAGCAACAUUCAAUUACGAGAGCUGCUUAGACAGGACACAAUUGCUGCUAAUAAACACCUUUGAUUUGGCAGAGGACUCCAUAAAAAACAAUAAUCUGGAUGACUGGAUUUCACACUUAAACGCAAGCUUCCCGGAUAAGUUUGCCACAAUAUCUUCCCAAAUCGAAGGUUGUGACUUGGAGUCGGAGCUAGACACGGCUGUUGAAGGGACUGGCCUGGCGUUCAUUGUGUACAGUGAAGCCAUUAAGAACAUGGGGCUGUCCCAGCUGUGGUCGGUUCUGUACUUCUCCAUGCUGUUGAUGCUGGGGAUUGGGAGCAUGCUGGGGAAUGUAGCUGCCAUCAUUACCCCACUCCGGGACUCUGCUUUCCUCACCAGGCAUUUCCAAAAGGAAACAUUAAUAGGGAUGAUGUGCCUGUUCUGUUGCCUUGUUGGCCUCUCUUUCACUACCAGAUCAGGAAACUACUGGUUUACCAUUUUUAACGACUAUGCUGCUACAUUUUCUCUGCUCUUCAUAGUCCUCAUUGAAAUCAUAGCCGUCUGUUACGUCUAUGGACUGAAAAAGUUUGAAAAAGACAUUGAGGUGAUGAUCGGACAUCGACCACACUGGUAUUGGAAAAUCACCUGGUCUGUCAUUAGCCCAGUUCUGAUUAUAGGGCUGUUCAUAUUUUAUAUAGCAGAUUACAUCAUGGGCGGAACACCAACAUACCAAGCAUGGGACGCAAACCUGGGUAAAACGGUAACAAAGGAACACCCACCUUUUGCCCAGGCAGUCAUUGGGCUACUUCUUGUAACCUCCAUGAUGUGUGUCCCUUUGGUGGCUCUUAUCACUUUCAUUAAAAAAAAGAAGGAACAGGCGAGGGAAAGCAAGAUAAGCACCACAGCCAGUUAAGAGAUCCACUCCUGGGACAACGAGGGCAAAAGGGCACUUUCCUUCGGAAGCACUGACGCAUGUGGUAUCCAUUCUGUGCAAAGAUCAAGACCCUAACAGGAGACUCCUCUGUGUUCAAGAAUAAGAUGUCUGCGUAACCACCGAAGGCCUUGUUUCGACUUCCAGUAUUGCUCCUUUCACCUCCUACCCCUCCUUUUCGUUCGAAUUUCCAGCAUCCAUUAGAAAACAUAUUCAGAGCAGGGCUCAGAUAUUCAUUCUUUUACGCUGUAGAAGACAAAGGUUUCAGUGUUGAGAAGGAUUUAUUUCAAGGUCUUUACUGCAAUAACCCUGUUAAAACAAAAGGGAUACUGUGUAAACAACACUGUGAAUCCUGUUCCCUUUCAAGUUUCAGUUAAUCAAUAGUGCUAUAACACAGUAUUAAGGUAGCUUCACUUUAGUUUAUUACUAUCAUGGUGUAUUCAUUAUGUCUGUUUUGUUUCUAGUUUUCUUCUAUAGUCAGUUGGACUGAAUCAACAAUCUUCAUUCAUUCUGGUAUGCACAUCUCCUGUGAAGACCUACCUUUCAAGCCUAUUGAUAGAUUUACACCUAUUUUCUAAAUAGCAGUCUUUUUAAGGUGACUGUACACUGCAAGUGUGUUUUUUUUGUUUUUUUUAAGAAGUCUGUUUGAUUAAUUAAGUAAAGUCUGGUGUUCACUAAACUUUGUAGGCUCGUUUCAAAGAAUCCACCAACAAUCUAGAACAGUGUUGUGCCUUCAACCUUUUUUUAAUUCAUCAAACAGACUUUAAAGCUUUGUUUCUAAAACACAUAUUCACCUGAAGUUCAAAAACUUCUACAUGAUUCGGUCUGUAAGAAUCUUCACAAGCACUCUGUUCUCUCAAAAAUAGAGGUAUUUAUUGUACAUCGCUUCCUGUGUUUUCAAAGCUAUUGACGAAUAGUUACUGACCAAUGACCAAAAUAUGUUGUUUUGGGGGUCUGUUUAAAAUAUCAAUUGUUUUUCAGGUGCUGAGUUUAUCGAACAAACUAUGAAAUGGGAAGGUGUCACUGACAGAGCAGUCACUGCUUUUAACAAGUUUAUGGUGCCUUAAACUAUAAGAAGCUUUUCUAGGUGUUUUUUUUUUCUUAAACUAUUGUUUAAUAUUGUACUAAUGAAAUGUAUAGAAUUGAACUUGUGAAACUUAAAAGGGGUUUUAACUUAAAAUCUACUUUUAAGAGGUAUUUCCUAACGUAAGUUUUAAUGUAGAGCUGGUUGAAAGCUGUGUAAGUUUAAAUAUAUAUCUGUAUACAUAUGACUAUAUACAUAAUGCAAAGUAAUACAUAUUAAAAAGACCUUAAAAUCAAA